AUGAUUGGUAUAUUCUCAGGAAUAUUGAUAACAACAUUUAUACCUGACUUAUUACUAAAAAAGAAAUCCAGUAUCAAACAAUAUGACGAUAUACUUGAUAGAAAGAAUGUCUACGAAUUUGCUGAAUACUCUCAAUGGCCACCAUUUCUAACUGAUUCGACAUUUGAUUUAAAUCUUUGGCGGAAACAUUGUUGGACAAAUCAAGUGUCAUUACCAACUCAAGAUCCUGAUUUAUAUUAUAAAAGAAAUUAUACUGCAUUUAGUAUUUGUAAAGAUGUGAUACAUAUCAUCGAUUCGAUUUAUAAUAUGAAAACAACUAUUGCUAAAGUAGAAUAUCCUGAAACAUUUGCUCAAAAAAUUAGAAAAAUAUUUAAUGAUGACAAUACAUUAUAUGCUAAAGCACUUGAACAGGAACUCCAUUUUGUUAUAAACAAGUACUCAUUUGAACAUACAGUUUAUAAUCCACUUCGGGGUCGACGCCCUAUUCAACCGCCUGAGCUAUCAUUUGAAGUUUAUUUAAAUCAAACUAUGGAGAAAACAUCGAAAAGUUGUGAUUUAUGCAAUUAUCAAAACAUGACAGCAAUUGAUAGUCUUGGUCGUAUGGAAAAUCAAUAUGCAUAUUCAGCAGCUAAUGCCUUUAAAUUUGAUCAAUGGCAUUCGAUGUUUAUGCCAAGACAACAUGAUAUUACUAAAUUAACAUUUAAAGAAAUGAAAGAUGUUUUUACAUUAGCUUGGAAAUGGUUUCAAGCUGUUCACAAACAAUCACCUUCACAUCGUUUUCCUACUAUGCUUUGGGAUAGUUUACCACAUGGCGGAGCUUCACAAGUACAUCCGCACGUUCAUGCAACUCUUCAUUCAGAUCAUUAUUAUGGUCAAUUUGAAUCAAUACGUUUUGCAUCUGAACGGUAUUAUCGUGAUCAUGAAAAUGCUAAGAAACAUCAUCAAAAAAAUUAUUUUCGAGCAAUACAAGAUAUUCAUAUGGCAUUUAAUUUGACUGUAUCAUUCAAUGGUAUUACAGUUCUUGUACCUAUUACAUCACGUAAAGAGUAUGAUAUAAUCGUCUUAGCAGAGAAUUUUGAUGAACGGUUCAUCAAAGUAAUCUAUCAAAUCGUUCAAGGUUAUUUCAAUAAAUUAAAGCAAUAUAGUUUUUCUUCAUGUUUAUACUUACCACCAUUAUCACCCAAUCAAGAUGAUAGUGGUUUAACUCCAAUUUAUUAUCGUAUUAUACCUCGUGGUCAAGUAUCUAGUCUAUUAUCGGAAGUUUCAAGUCUUGAUUUACUUUCCAUAUAUAAUGUGAACAAACUUCCUGCGGCUUUAUUUGCAGAGAUAAUAACAUGGUUUCAGAAAAUAUAA